UUAUCUGUUUCGUUUUUUGGAUUUCUCAACUGAAUCGUGCAUUCUUCUCUCUCCUCCGUGUGCGUGUUCCUUCUCUUUUUUUGACAUGGAUUGAUUAAUAGACAAGCUUUUACUUCUCUCUCUAAACAAACACACACCCUCUCUCUUAGGGUUUCGCAGAGAGCUUCCCAGUUGCCAGGAACAGGAUAAACAAUCCCAGGGUUUUUUCUUUGAACUCCUAGAGGGACGCCGCUGUGUUCGUGCUGAUCGUGCAAGUUUUGAUUCUUCACGGCUACUUCAGGGCACGGUGAAUUCGCUUUCGAUUGCAGUUUUUUGAGCUGAUCAUGUGGUUUGAUGCAAUCUUCGAAUGAAAGGUUGUUUCGUUGUUAAAAGUUGUUGAGAGAGAUAGGCCUCUGAGCAUUCAAGAUUCUACGUUGGCAAAUGUAGUGUGGUGGAUUAUGAAUGAUUGCUGCCAUGGACUUGAAUGCCUCACCAUUACCUGAAGAAGAUGAAGAUACUUUUGAAAGUCACAUUGAACAUUACACUGCUGCACCAGAAGAACGCAUAGAGAGUGGAGCUGAUAUAGCACGCCGGGAGCGCGAAGAAAGACGUAAGCGAUUGAAACGCGACCGCCCAGAUGACAGACCAAUGCAUGUAUCUCAACCCCCUGUAUAUGAUUCGUAUCAAACGAAAAACCCCAAAGUUUAUGACAAGUCUAGGCUCCCCUCUGGUUGGUUGGAUUGUCCUGCAUCUGGUCAAGAAAUAUUCUGCAUGAUACCUUCUAAGGUGCCACUGGGUGAAUCUUAUAAUGAUUGUGUUCCUCCUGGUAAAAGAUACUCAUUUAAACAAGUGAUUCAUCAACAAAGAGUUUUGGGAAGAAAACUUGGUUUGGUGAUUGAUUUGACGAAUACGUCUCGCUAUUAUCUAACAUCAGAUUUGAAGAAAGAGGGUAUUAAGCAUGUUAAGAUUGCGUGCAAGGGGCGGGAUUCAGUACCGGACAACUUAUCUGUAAAUCAGUUUGUAUAUGAGGUUAUACAAUUCCUCUCUCGUCAAAAGCAGUCCAAGAAGUAUAUUCUUGUCCAUUGUACACAUGGGCACAAUCGCACAGGGUAUAUGAUCAUCCACUACCUAAUGCGCUCGUUAUCAAUUUCAGUCACUCAGGCAAUAAAAAUGUUUGCUGACGUACGCCCUCCAGGAAUCUACAAACCCGACUAUAUUGAUGCCUUAUACUCAUUCUACCAUGAACGAAAGCCUGAAAUGGUUGUCUGCCCCUCAACUCCUGAAUGGAAGAGAUCUUCAGAAUUUGAUCUUAAUGGUGAAGCAGUUGCAGACGAUGAUGAUGAUGAUGGAGGUCCUGCUGCCCCUUUGAAUGAGAGUCAGGAUACAAAUGGAGUGAUGACAAAUGAUGAUAUCUUGGGUGAUGAGAUACCUUGGGACCAGCAAGAGUCAAUGCGGCAGUUCUGCUAUCAAACUCUUAAGCUGGUUGUUGGGGGAAGAGGAAACUCACAAUUCCCAGGGUCGCACCCAGUUUCUCUUAACAGGGACAACUUACAGCUGUUGAGGCAACGCUAUUAUUAUGCUACAUGGAAGGCUGAUGGAACACGAUAUAUGAUGUUAAUAACUAUGGAUGGAUGUUACUUGGUUGAUAGAAAUUUUAAUUUUAGAAGGGUCCAAAUGAGGUUUCCCUGUAAACACACAAAUGAGGGUUUAGCUGAGAAGACCCACCACUACACAUUACUGGAUGGUGAGAUGAUAAUUGAUACCGUGCCUGAUUCACAGAAGCAGGAGAGAAGAUACCUCAUUUAUGAUAUGAUGGCAAUCAACCACGUUCCUAUCAUAGAGCGGCCUUUUUACGAACGGUGGAAGAUGCUUGAGAAAGAAGUCAUUGAACCUCGGAAUCAUGAGCGCCACAAUAUUUACCAAAGUAGGAAUCCCUACUAUAGAUAUGACUUAGAACCAUUCAGGGUGAGGAGGAAGGAUUUUUGGUUGCUCUCCACAGUAACCAAACUUUUGAAGGAAUUUAUUCCAAGGCUUUCACAUGAUGCAGAUGGUCUUAUCUUUCAGGGUUGGGAUGAUCCAUAUGUUCCCCGUACACAUGAAGGACUUCUAAAGUGGAAAUAUCCUGAAAUGAACUCGGUUGAUUUUCUAUUUGAGGUAGGCGAUGAUGAUCGGCAACAUCUUUUUCUAUACGAACGCGGGAAGAAGAAACAAAUGGAAGGAAAUAAAGUUGCAUUUAAAGAUGGUUCAGACCCCUCUUCUUAUUCCGGAAAAAUAAUUGAGUGUUCUUGGGCUUCUGAAGCAAAUGAAUGGGUCUGUAUGCGCAUCAGGACCGACAAAUCAACUCCGAAUGAUUUCAAUACCUACAAGAAGGUUAUGCGAAGCAUAAGGGAUAAUAUCACGCAGGACAUCUUGUUGAAUGAGAUCUAUGAGAUCAUUCGUCUGCCUAUGUAUGCUGAUAGGAUAAGGAAUGAUAGCAAAGCAGCCCAGCAGCACGCAAAUGCGGCACGACGGAGGUGACAGCGGGGCUGAGCAACACCGGCAGUUUCUUGUGAAGUUUGCUAAUAAUAGGCAAGCGUAGUAGUACUAAAGGCUGCCCUCGGACACCUUGUUGGCAAGUCGUUCAGAGUUGUAAUUACUUGAGUUCGGCAUAAUUUGGGCAUAUCAGCUGAUGAUGAAUCACAGAGAUUGUGUAACGAGCUAAAGCGUAGCUAUAAUUUGUACUGAGUGCUGUGCUGGUGAGUUGUAUGAUCCAGUUUGGCACACCAGAUAACCCCCCGGUAUUAUUGUCAAAUUUAUUUGGUUCUGAUAGUCGUAGUCAGAUGAAGAGAAGUAGGGUUAGUGUCAGCCAUGUAUAUUCAGAUGAUAUUAUUAAGUUGUUUAAAAAGGUAGGCAUUUUUUACAAUCCAAGUUUUGCCUUUCCCCUUUAAUGUGAAUAUAACUUCGGGACCGUAAAUGACUCUCCAAGCUCCUCCUAAUCCUUGUUUUAGUUUUU